GGCUUAAUUUUUUUUUAUUUAUCUAGUUUGUUGUUUAUAGCUCUGACAUUUUGUUGUCUAUAAAUGACAAAUCUAAUGUUAGUUUUUUAAUUCGAGUUUGUUAUAAUUGAUUUUAAAUAUUACAUUUAAUAGAAAAUAAGAAACAAGAGGAUUAUCUUUAAUUUUGUUUUUUCCAUAUUGCAAUAACAUGGAGCAGAACCGUUCCGAAAAUACGUCCAGUCAACAACAAAACGUCCACUUGCACAUGCACCACAUGUGCAGCUGCCAAGGGAAUGUAUACCCUACCUAUUACCCGGCCGUGGGCUACCGGACUCCGGUGCCUUCGCUGCUGACUUACCCGCCGCCGCCGGUGCCUCGGCCCUACCUGCAGCACUACCAGUACACCCAAUACAACAUGGGCAACCAGUACUCUGUGCCAAUCAGUCACGUCGCCAGUACGCCCCCGAUAUACGGCUCGUCCGUCAGCAGUACUGAUGUCAUUAUCAACGCCGUGACUAGGGAAAGGAGAGAAAAGGCCGGCUCGCUAGACGAAAACAACGAUGCAGAGCAUUUGAACGAGAUUUCUAAUUGCGAUUACGGCCAGGUGUCGCCGCCCAAUAAAGACAUUCAGCUGACGGAGAACACAGAGACUAUAACUCCGGAAAAUUUCGUUAAAUUUCUUGAGCGCAGCUGCUUGACUGCCGAGCAAAUCGCCUACAGAAACAGGAAUCGGCCGUGCUUUCGAAACAUCCAGAAUUUGUGCAUUCGUACUCGAUCUGAGAUACUGAAACCGUGCACUACAAUUUCGAACAUACAUUCCCAAGGCAUUCCUUGGGCAACGAAGGAUUUCAUUUACGCCUUUGUGCGUCUCACGAAUUGCUGGCAUAUCUUGAAGGGAUACUGGGAGAAUAGAGACGGUGCCAGCUUGGGAAAAAUCGAAAAGGAAUUGACUCCGGAAUUUCGGGCAUGCUACGUUAGGUGGGAAAAGGAAACGAUGGAGCUGGCAGCCCAAUUGACCAGAGUAUUUUACAAUUUAGACACUAAUCUAGUGACACCGCAGGUAAUAAAAACACCGACAUCGACUGAAUGCAUUGGUAAGAAAGUUUCCACGUUAGAGAACGUUACAACAUCGACUUUGACGAACAUAUCUAUAAACAAUUUCCGUUCAAAGAACGUGAGAGGAAUCAUCCGUUUGCCGGUUACUUCGACGGCCGAAACCGUGGAUCAGGCCAAUCAAACUUACGCCGGGGACUUUUCCGCUAACAAGGAAGAGGGAAGCUUCGAUUCCGAAGAAGACCGAAAGCCUGGAAGCUACAACGUUCCGAAACGAGACAGCUACGACGGCGGUGGCACCGUCCCCAGCCCAAGAGCCAUCGAAUUCUUGGAGACCGCUCAAAAUAUCAACAAAGCUCAAACGGCCAACGACAGAUAUUGGGGUAACGUGAGCGUUAGCGGCGCUAAAAAACCCGGCGAUACCAAAAUCCUGCAAGACAUCGCCUCCGAAGCUGAAAUCGAUCAACAGAAUUUAUCGUCGCACUUGAGCGUCCACGAGUGGUUGUUGAGCAGCAAUUUUUCGGAUUUCGGGGAGCAUUCGCCGAUAUCGUCAUCCACUCAUGACAUGAGAUCGUUUUUCGUGGACGCGUCUACCUUUUACGAAUCGCUGCCGCAAUUGGACGGGGACAUCCAGAAGACGUCGCCCAUCAAAGUUUUGCAGCGCGGAAAGUGCGCCAGAAACGAGAAGGAGACCUUUCCCAAUGGAUUUGUGCCGCCUAAAGAUUUGAUUUUAGACGGAGCUGUGAGGAAUUUUAGGAAAGUACAGAAGAUGAAUAUUGAUGGAAUAUACGAAAACGACGAUGGUAUAACUGACACAGGUGUGGCGGUUUUAGAGGAAUUACUGAACGAAUUGAGGCAAUAUGAUAUAUUAGAAGGGCUCGAUGCCGCUGACAAGACUUACUACGCUCCUAUAAUCGAUUUAGACGUUAUUGUAAAUAAACUCAAGACUGAAGAAUAUUCAUUAGUAAACGAAGUUAUCCGCGAUUUAAAGUAUCUUAUAAACUAUUUUAACGCAUUUGCUGAUAAUUUUACAAACGUGGAUAAUAAAAAACGGGAAUUGGUGUUGUUUAUAACCGAAUUGUUUUCCCUCAAGUUGCGCGAUUUUCUCGUCGAGAAUUUUCCCGGAUACGAUUUUAGUGAAAUAGACGGAGACGUCCUACAAGUGGUUGGACAAUUAAAAUUGAAGAUGCCGAAAUUUAGUGAGGAAGAGCAAUUUUGUAAGUGAAGUAAAAAAAAAUAACGGGAAAAAUGAGGUGUGCGGAUCGAUUUUGCGGGAUAAAUUCAGCCUCAUACUUUACAAAUUGUUGUAUUGUUGGAAAGUAAUUGUAAUAGUAGUAACGCUUGCUAUAACUAAAAAAACGUGUAAUUUAUUCGCCUAAUCAUCGACUAAUAUAAGUUUCAAAAAUUACUGUAUCAAAACCUAAAAAAGUGGUGUUCGUAAUAAAUAAUUGUUUCGUU